AAACUAAUCUACAUUAGAUAUUCUUACAACAGGAAGAAUGAAAUCAGAGAGUUUAAAAUGUAUAUCACAGUGAUAUAUCAAAUUUUGCUUUGGUAUUCUGACAGCUCGAGAAAACGCCACACACGAAAACGACCGCAUUCCCUUGAGGGUGCAGGUGAAUUAAGAGACGACAACAGUGAACUCAGUUUUUCUGGAGAAACAUCUACUUAUGAAAGUGCUGAUGACAUGAGCCGUUCUAGAAAUGAGGAUGGGUACUGGUCGGAGGUGACGGAAUCUGACGAUGACGACAUGGAGGCAAUACAAUCAAGUGAUGAUGCAAGGGAAGCAGGUGAAAUACAGCUGCAAGAUAAGUCCAGAGAUGACAGUCUACGUGACUGCGCUGAGCAAACCAUCAAGGAACGGAUUUCAGGAACAGCAUCUUCACCGUUGCUACCUCAUGUGACAAAAUGCCUUAAGGAACAUUCUUGUACAACGAUCAUUGGUCAGCCUGGUGAUGGCAAAACUACUCUUGCUUUCCAGGUUUUGUCUGAAAUGCACAAAAGAAAUGGAAAGUUUAUGUUGUGGAAACACCACAGGAUUAUUUUCGGAUCCAAAAGAGUGACAGAUAUAUCAUUCUUUUUCAACAACAUUUUUGGCAAUCCCAACUUUCAGUUUGACCACUACCGAAAAUGGCAUCCUGUCCUGCUAGACAUGGACAGCUACAUCCUUAAGACGUCAGCUCAUGGAUUCGUGUUCUCCACAUUCAUGGACUUCAGAGCAAAAGAGAUACAACGUAGUGGAGAAUUAUUUAGAACCUGUGCUAAGUGGAACCAUGCAGAAGGAUGUGAGGUUUUGUUGAAAUAUGUGGAGGUCAACUCCACCAGUAAACGGGGCAACACAGCCCUUCACUACGCAGCCAGCCUCGGAUAA